AUGGUGCCGUUUGGAUUCGCAGGUGACCGCUCGUGGUCACUUCUUGUAACGCAACGCGAACUUGCUUGCACUAUGCGUUGGCUAGUACUCAUUGGUCUGGUAGGCGUGGCGAGCUGUUACUCUGUCAAUGUAAAGGGCGGCCCGAGUGGCCCAAGUGGUCAGGAGAAAGGCAUCCUGGAAUGGAUAAACACUUGGUUGACCACUACUUCGACUACGAGUAAACCAAUAACUAAUGUUCCGCCUGAGGAAUGUCCUACGUGCCAAUGCGGCAUCGCUAGAACACGCAGGCGGAUUGUAGGGGGCUACGAAACUAAGAAGCUGGAGAUCCCGUGGAUAGUUGUCUUGUUGUACAACGGAAGAUUCUAUUGCGGUGGAUCUGUGAUUAAUGACUUAUACGUUCUUACUGCAGCGCAUUGUACUUCCGGAUUCCGAAAAGAAAAAAUGACUGUCCGCUUCCUAGAGCAUGAUAGAUCCACCGACAACGAGACAAAGACCAUUGAUAGGAAAGUAUCCAGUAUAAUUCGUCAUCAGCGCUACAAUCCCGGCACAUAUGACAACGAUAUUGCAAUUCUUAAGUUGGCUGAGAGGAUAGACUUCAGUACAGCUUUAAAGAAGAGAGUUCGAGAUUAUGAAACAGAAAACGAAAAGGAUGUCGGAGUUCGUCCAGUGUGUUUGCCUACGGCCGGACUGUCAUAUAACAACCAUACUGCUGUAGUGGCUGGUUGGGGUACCACAGAAGAGGGUGGCAGUGUGUCUAAUGUUUUGCGAGAGGUAAGCGUACCCAUAAUAUCUAACGCCGAGUGUCGUGAAACAGCCUACAAACAACGCAUUACAGAGAACAUGCUUUGCGCGGGCGAGAACGAAGGCGGCCACGACGCGUGCCAGGGAGACUCGGGUGGACCUCUAAAUGUAUUGAAUACAAAAACUGAAAAAUACCAACUUGUUGGUAUAGUUUCAUGGGGAGAAGGAUGUGCACGACCCGACAGGCCCGGCGUGUACGCUCGAGUCAACCGCUAUCUCACGUGGAUCAAGAGCAACACUCGGGACGCCUGCUACUGCCAA